GCAUCCGACGACCAAGCUAUGGCUCGCACGAAGCAGACGGCGCGCAAGUCGACGGGCGGCAAGGCCCCGCGCAAGCAGCUGGCCACCAAGGCGGCCCGCAAGAGCGCGCCGGCCACCGGCGGCGUCAAGAAGCCGCACCGCUACCGGCCCGGCACGGUGGCCCUGCGCGAGAUCCGCCGCUACCAGAAGUCCACCGAGCUGCUCAUCCGCAAGCUGCCGUUCCAGCGGCUGGUGCGCGAGAUCGCGCAGGACUUCAAGACCGACCUGCGCUUCCAGAGCUCGGCCGUGAUGGCGCUGCAGGAGGCGUGCGAGGCCUACCUGGUGGGGCUCUUCGAGGACACCAACCUAGUCUUCCUUGUCGGCAUGUCUGGUCGCGGCAAGGGCGGGAAGGGCCUGGGCAAGGGGGGCGCCAAGCGCCACCGCAAGGUGCUGCGCGACAACAUCCAGGGCAUCACCAAGCCCGCCAUCCGGCGGCUGGCCCGGCGCGGCGGCGUCAAGCGCAUCUCCGGCCUCAUCUACGAGGAGACCCGCGGGGUGCUCAAGGUGUUCCUGGAGAACGUGAUCCGGGACGCCGUCACCUACACGGAGCACGCCAAGCGCAAGACGGUCACGGCCAUGGACGUGGUGUACGCGCUCAAGCGCCAGGGCCGCACCCUCUACGGCUUCGGGGGCUGAGCUCCAGGUUCCCGGCUUCCGGGGCUCUGCGCACCCCCGUCCCGCCUUGUCUACAAGCAAAGGGCCCUUUUCAGGGCUCCCCCCACUCUCACAGAGGAGCCGUGACGCUGGUUUGACGCUCGCUGGUCCGC